AUGAGUUUUUCACAAGACAUGGAUAAUGAGUAUGAGAAACUCAUUAGAAGAAUGAAUCCACCAAGGGUUGUGAUUGAUAAUGACUCUUGCAAGAACGCAACUGUGAUAAGGGUUGAUAGUGCAAAUGAAUAUGGGAUUCUUCUUGAAGUUGUACAAAUCCUCACUGAUCUUAACCUUAGUAUAAGCAAGGCUUACAUUUCCUCUGAUGGUGGUUGGUUCAUGGAUGUGUUUAAUGUCACUGAUCAAGAUGGAAACAAAGUCACAGACGAAGUUGUUCUAGACUAUAUCCAAAAAUCUCUUGGUCCUGAAGCUUGUUUCUCUACGUCCAUGAGAUCUGUUGGUGUCAUACCAUCAACAGAAAGCACGGUUAUCGAGUUAACCGGAUGUGACAGACCAGGUUUGCUGUCUGAAUUGACAGCUGUUUUGACGCACCUCAAAUGCAGUGUCCUAAACGCUGAGGUUUGGACACACAACACUAGAGCAGCUGCUGUGAUGGAAGUGACAGAUAACUCAACAGGUUGUGCUAUUUCUGAUCCAGAGAAGUUGUCUAGGAUCAAGAACCUUCUCCGAAAUGUGCUUAAAGGAAGCAACACACCGAGGGAAGCCAAAACCGUUGUGUCUCACGGGGAAGUCCACACAGAGAGGAGGCUUCAUCAGAUGAUGUUUGAAGACAGAGACUAUGAACAACGUUCGGUGGAUGAUGAAUCAUCAAUACAAGAUGAAAGACAAAGACCAGAUGUUUGUGUUGAUAAUUGGCUCGAUAAGGAUUACUCGGUGGUCACGGUUAGAUGUAAAGACAGACCAAAGCUUCUGUUUGAUACAGUCUGCACUUUAACUGAUAUGCAAUAUGUUGUGUUCCAUGGAAGCGUUGACACUGAGGGAACAGAAGCAUAUCAGGAGUAUUAUGUGAGACAUAUAGAUGGAUCCCCUGUUAAAUCAGAGGCUGAGAAGCAAAGAGUCAUACAAUGUCUUGAAGCAGCUAUCAAAAGAAGAGUAUCUGAGGGACUGAAGCUGGAGCUUUGCACGACGGAUAGAGUAGGCUUAUUGUCAAACGUGACUCGCAUAUUCCGUGAAAACAGCCUAACGGUCACGAGAGCUGAAGUGAAAACCAAAGGAGGCAAAGCUGUAAACACAUUCUAUGUGAGUGAUGCAUCUGGUUACUCAAUUGAUGCCAAGACUAUAGAUUCCAUAAGACAAACCAUAGGCCAAACUAUCCUCAAAGUCAAGAAUAACCCUGAAGAACAACAACAAAGACAGAAACCGCCUUCCCAUGAAUCCCCGACAAGGUUUCUCUUUGGGGGUCUCUUCAAAUCGAAAUCUUUCGUCAACUUUGGCUUGGUUCGGUCUUACUCUUGA